GACAGCAAAAUAAGGUUGGGAUUUGAUUCGUUGGCCAAGGUGAAAGACAAAGUAAGGAAUUUAAAACAUUGCUUUCAGCUGAAGAAAGUUUUAUUCCUAUAAACUGCAUAAACAAUAUAUAUACACAGACAUACAGAGAUCUUGUGAUUAUCCCAAGACAGAACACAGAGAAAGUCUUUUUUUUUUUUUUUUUUGUCGGAAAACUCAGAGAAUCUUUCUUAUAGGCAUUAUAAUGGCUUCAGGAGGAUCAAAGUCCGCAGCUUUCAUGCUUCUGUUGCUGAAUCUUGGUCUCUAUUUUGUCGUCACCGUCAUCGCUGCCUGGGCUGUUAAUCACGGCAUCGAGAGAGCUCGCGAGUCUGCGUCGGUGCUGUCUCUCCCGGCGAAGAUCUUCCCGAUAUAUUUCCCGGUGGGGAACAUGGCGACUGGCUUUUUCGUAAUAUUCUCGUUGAUCGCUGGCGUCGUCGGAAUGGCGACAUCACUCACCGGAGUCAUGAACGUUCUUGAGUGGGACUCUCCGACUCUCCACUCCGCCGCCACUUCGUCUCUCAUCUCUUGGUCGCUCACUCUCCUCGCCAUGGGAUUGGCUUGUAAGGAGAUCAACCUCGGCUGGACCGAAGCCAAUCUUAGAACUCUUGAAGUGUUGACAAUAAUUGUAAGUGCUACUCAGUUGUUGUGUACCGGAGCCCUUCACGUCGGAGUUGGAGAAACAGUCGCUGGAGAAAGGCCUCAUGCGGGAAGGGUUUGAGUUUCUAACUUGAAGAACAAUCAGCUAUAUUGGUGUGGUUUUUUUUUAUUUGAAGCGUGAGGAUUACUCAAAACAAGAGUUUGUUAUCGUGUAAUCUUGUGUUGUGUAUUGAUUGUUUGUUUUAUUCGUCUAUUUUUUUAAUUCUAUCUCUAUACCUUGAUUGUUAUGCGUACGAGUUUAUGUCGCUAUCUGAUACUAAGGAACUUUUAUUAUGCAAAAAAAA